AAAAAAGAUGAGGGACCUCUUCUUUCAAGGAUUUGGAAAGUUCACACGCUAUAUAGAUUGAAAAUUUUUUGCCGAUUGCCCACCUAAGGUUUAUAUACGGAAGUGUCGCCUACGCAGGUUUAUUCAUUCCAUCGUCCACCACCCAAUCGUUCACAUCCACUCAAUAACUCUAAUCACCUCGACAGUCGAUCAUAUUAUUAAUAUUAUGACUCGUCAUCUGAUCUUUGUGGUGUUGGUCGGAGUGUCCGUCUGGAUGAUGGAAGCCAAAGCUAUUCCGGCCAUCAAGCGUCGUCCGUCGUUGCAGAGUAACGUGCGCUCCUUGUUCAGCUCCUUGGAGGUGGACGACAUGAUGCCGGCGGCCGUUCCGGCGAUGAUGAUGAUGCCAUCCUUCGUCUACUAUCACGUCGUCUCGCCCUUUCACAGCCCCUUUCACCGGAUGGCUAAAUCGAUGAUGCCAAUGUGGUCGAAAUUCGGGUUCGAGUCGUCCGAGGAAGAAGAAGAAGAAGAAGAAGAAGCCGAAGAAUCAAAGAAAAUUGAAGAAAUAGCAAAAAUUGAAUCAAAGAAAUUAGUAAAAGAAUCCGGAAUCAAUCCAGCAUCCAGCGCGGAAGAGAAAGAAUCCAACGUGGAAUCGCCACAAGAAGAAGAAGAAGAAGAAACUCAAACUGAAAACGAACAAGUCACCACCGAAAGUGUUACAGAAGAGACGCAAUCCAUCGAUGGAAACUUGGAGGACCAAGUUCCGACGACGGAAUUCCCCGCCGCCAAUACGGAAUCGACCGAUCCGCCAACCACAGAAGAAGAAGAUAAUUCGAUUAAUACAGAGGCAACAACCACCGAAUUUCAACAGAUGGACGAUAAGGCUAUUAUCGUAGAGGAUCAACUUUUGAUAACAAAAUCGCACAGUCAUCCGGUGAAAACGUCAUCCGGAAGGUCGUCAUCCACGACUUACGUGUGCAAAUUCGGCAAGUGUCAGCACACGAUGGAAGCCAAAAAAUUACUUGAACAAGAAAUCGAAGCGGAAUUAUGGGCGAAAUUGUAACCACCCCCCAUCAUCAAUCCAAAUCAAUUUUUAUUUAAAAAAGAAACUGGCUUAUAUAUAAUUAUCCUAACUUUCAAAUUUUAGAUUUAUCGACAAAUGAAUUUUAAUUUUAAUUUUUAUAACUUGACUGAUUAACUAUUUUGAAAGACAACAACAACAACAACAACAAAAAAAGGUCUGUGGUUUUUUGUCCUAAAUGGUUUCGCUUGAAAUAUCUUUCCUGUGCAUUAUUCAUUGUGACACCUGUUGUCCGAUUAUUAAAAUGGGAACUUGCGAUAAUUACAUAAUGGGUAAAUACCCUUGCACGAUCUUGAAAACGUCGGCCCCCCCUCCCUUUUGUGGUGUUCCUCUCUAUGAAUUUGUCAACCUUGGAUCGAACGAAAAUAGCUGGCUGAUUAUGGCAAUGCACGUUUCCUCUACUGGCAUUUGAUUGCAUUCUUCUCUUAUUUUUUUUUAUUGUUGUUUUCAACUGCCGUUGUUUGUUUGCCGAACAAUUAUUUAGCGUGGUUAGACGAAUGCCUCGGUUUGGCCUUGGAAAACAUCUUGCCAUUCGAUAAUUAGAGAACUUAUUGCGUUGUCUAAUUCGACCAUCACGUUUCGUGAAAUCGUCCGUUUCCAUUACAGCUGAUGCGC